CCCCUUCCCUGCAUGACCGCGUUUGCUUCUUAUUGACAACCCCCCCUUUUCUCUCUCUCUCUCUUUUCUUCGUUAUGUAAAUACUGAUCCUUGACUUCCUCUCCAUCCACCAAUUUGCCAGAAUGGCUUUUGCGGCUUUUCGUUCCGCCAUCCCUUCACCGACUACUCGUUUCGUGCGCCCGACCAUGUCCGCCUCGCAACACUUGCGCCAACCCUCCCAGACCCGCCAUGUCUCGUUCUCCUCCUACCUAGUUUCGCCAAAGGAGUUAAAUACCGCCUUGCAGAAGAACCCCCCCACCAAAAUCUCCACUUCGCCCCGCGUCGUCCCCAUCUGCGCCGCCUGGUUUAUGCCCAAUGACCCCGAAGGUCGCAAAGGACUGGACGUCUUCCGCAAGCAUCGCAUCCCCCAGGCCCGGUUUUUCGAUCUCGAUGGCAUCAAGGACCGCGACUCCCCCUACCCGCACAUGUUGCCGACGGCCGAGACCUUCGCCGACGCGAUGAGCGAGCUGGGCAUCCGCCGCGACGAUGAAAUUGUCGUCUACGAUACCGAGGAGCUCGGCAUCUUCAGCGCCCCGCGCGUGGGCUGGACCCUCAGGGUAUUCGGUCAUCCCAAGGUCCACAUCCUCAAUAACUACCGUCUCUGGGUCCGCGAGGGCUUCCCCACCGAGACGGGAGAGCCGCUCCAGCCGGACCGGACGAGCUACCCCGUGCCGACCUACGACUCCAAACUCGUCGUCCCCUACCUGGAACUGAAGGAGGUCGCCAAGGAGCACCGCAAGGAGGGCUCCAAGGAGGUGGAGAUCCUGGAUGCGCGAUCCUACGGCCGCUGGGCGGGCACGGAUCCCGAGCCGCGUCCCGGCCUGCCGUCGGGCCACAUCCCGGGCUCCACGAGCAUGCCAUUCCAGGAGUUGCUAGACCCGGAGACCAAGACCUACCUGUCCGGUCCGGAACUGCGCAAGAUCUUUGAGAAGCGCGAGAUCGACCCGACCAAAUCGAUCAUCAGCUCGUGCGGCACGGGGGUCACUGCGACGAUUAUCGAGACCGCGCUGGGCGAGGCCGAGUAUGGCGAUGCCUGUCUGCGACGGGUGUACGAUGGAAGCUGGACGGAAUGGGCUCAGCGUGUUAAGCCCGCUGACGGACUGAUCCGAAAGGCUUAGACUUGGCUCGAUUGCGUAUUUGAUUCUGUUACAGCAGCAUAUCCUCGG